AUGCUGGCCAGAACCACAAAGAGCGCCUCGACGAGUAGUGCCAUUCGAACCGUCCUACCUAGCACUACACGGCAGCUACACAUCUCUCCUUCCCUCUACAGCAGCAGGCAGUCGCCAUCUCAGGCUUCAAAACGCGCUGAGCGAUUCUUCACGGCCGACGAUCCCCUCUUACGAGCCCUUCGCAGAAAGCAAAAGUCCUAUCGCCUUCGCUCUAUCAGUUCUCCAAAUCCACGCAAGUCUGACCGAUUAGAAGCGACCUCACUCGCCAAAUCUGAGAUCCGAUGGGCGGUUCAGCACGUACGCUUCUCCCAGUCUUCGUCUUCCUCAUCGCUCAGCAGGGCAUCCAGAAGAGCUCUCAUUCAGAUGUGCACGAGGAUGACACGCGAAAACGCUCCCCUCUCGUACCUCUUAGGUAGUAUGCCAUUCGGCAACCUUCCUCAAGAGCUUACCGUUCGACCGCCAGUACUACUACCGAGGCCAGAGACUGAGCAUUGGGCAACACAGGUAGUGAACGAGCUCAUCAAAAGCCUGGAAAGGGAGGGUAGGAAGGAUAUCAGAGUAGUGGACCUGUGCACGGGCAGCGGUUGCAUCGCACUACUCAUCGCUCAUGCACUGAGGGCAAAGCUGGGAUCGGAGGAAAAGUGGCGUGUCGUAGCAUGCGACAAAUCUCCGCUAGCAGUCGAUCUCGCUCAGGAAAACGCCGUCAAGCUUGGCUUCAAGAUUGAUGAGUCCGACUCAAACCUUCACAUCGUAGAAGCGGACAUCUUCGAUGAUGCAUCAAUGGAUAAGCUGGCAGAGCUAGCAGGUGGCCCAUUCGACCUGAUACUCUCCAAUCCACCCUAUGUUCCACAACGUGAAUGGAGCAACCUUUCACCCGAAGUCAAGUUGCAUGAAGAUCCGGCUGCGCUCAUUGGCGAACGUUCUAUCCCAACCUCCACUGGCCCCACCUUCAAUUCUGAUCCUCCAUCACGCACCACGACCACCGACGAAACCAAGACUAGAGAAGCAUACCUAGACAGAGCAGGUUUAGCAUUCCACUCACGCCUAGCAAUCCUCCUCUAUCGAUCCUCCUUCUCCACUCGCUCCCCGCCUCUUCCUCACCUGGUAGCCGAAUACGGCAAGGGACAACAAAAACCAGUCGAAAAGCUACACUAUGAGCUUCAACCUCCCAAACAUCGAUUACCAACCAUCAAGCGGAUAGAGGGACAUCCAUUGGUGGUUGUAGGUGUGGGCAAUGCAACAACACAUCCGUUGACUAGGCAUAGUAUUGGGCAGGUGGUGUUGGAGCCUUUGCUGGAGAGGGUGAUUGCGCAAGAUAGGACGAUGAGGGCGAAGUUGCGGGAGGUCAGGGACCAACUUGAGGAAUUGAGGUUGGAGGCGCUGGAAAAUGGUAAAGUUGAUGUGAAUCAGUGCAGAGACUGGGCGGACUCGGUGCCGAAAUUGCUUCCUAUUGAAGGCCUUAACGAAGGAUUUGAUCUAGAGGCGGAGCAAGAUGUGGCGACGAGUCUGAAGAAAGAUCAGAGUGGCGGUUGGAGUGCUUCUCUUCAGCUUUUAAUUCCUUCCUCGCCCGCUUUUCUCUACCAACCCUCAAAUCCCGCCGUUCCUCCCCCUACGAUCUACUGUGUGGAAGCGUUGUUCUAUAAACCAUCUCAACCAAUGAACCUCUCCGGCCAAGGCCUGAAGAACUUCCUCACCCACCAUCACCCCCAAUACCCCUCCUCCUCUUCCUCAUCGGAACCCUCACAACAAGUUUGGAGAAUAGAAAACGACAUCCUCAUCCUUCAAGACGAGCUCGAUCUAGCAUUUGGCGAAGUAAAACGAAAAGACUCGGGUAGUGCAAGAGGUCAUAAUGGUAUUCGAGACAUUAUUUCUCGGCUCAACAUACCUGAUCAACCAUCUCACUCUAAAGGAGGAGAAGGGGAUGGACUGAAAUUGAGUCGGAUUCGAAUUGGGAUCGGUAGACCUGAAACCCGGCAGAAACAGCAAGGGGGGAAAGAUAGCUGGCUACCAUCCUCACUCUCGAAGUCGAAGAAAGGCGGCAAGCCGAUCGCUAUCGAUCGUUGGGUCCUAUCCCCAUUGAAAGCUGAUGAAAGGGAGAGUUGUGAGGGAGGAAAAGUGCUUGAAGACACAAACGAGUUGUGUCUGGGUUGGAUCAGGGAUCGGUGUUCUACGCUUGCCUCCUCCUCUUCUGGACCGGUGGAAGGGGAGGGUGGUUUGGAAAAGUUGAGAGUCGAGUCCAGAAAGGAUCAGUUCGGAGUCUUUCGCACUGUAUGGGUUUAUUGA